AGCUGCUGGGAGCGGCAGUGCCCAGCAGGCGGCCGGAGCGGGCCAGCCAUGCAGUACCAGGCACCCGGGCCGGCCGCCGGGCCUCCCCUGUACGCGCCCACCCCGCUGCUGCAGCCGGCGCACCCCACGCCCUUCUACAUCGAGGACAUCCUGGGCAGGGGCGCCCCCGUGCCGCCCGCGCCGCCGCCCGCCCUGCCCUCGCCCAACUCCUCCUUCACCAGCCUGGUGGCCUCCUACCGGACCCCCGUCUACGAACCCACCCCGAUCCACCCGGCCUUCUCGCACCACCUGGCCGCCGCCACCUACGGACCCGGCCCCUACGGCGCUGCGGCCGGCAGCCCUCUCUACCCUUUCCCCCGCGCCGUCGGCGACUACUCGCACGCCCUGCUACGGCACGACCACCUGGGGAAGCCGCUGCUCUGGAGCCCCUUCAUGCAGAGGCCGCUGCACAAGCGCAAAGGCGGCCAGGUGCGCUUCUCCAACGACCAGACCGUCGAGCUGGAGAAGAAGUUCGAGACGCAGAAGUACCUGUCGCCGCCCGAGAGGAAGCGCCUGGCCAAGAUGCUGCAGCUCAGCGAGAGGCAGGUCAAAACCUGGUUUCAGAACCGGCGGGCGAAAUGGAGACGCCUCAAGCAGGAGACUCCUCAAGCCAGCAAAAAAGAAGAACCGGAGAGUGGGGACGGGCAUCAAGAUCCAAGGCAAGAAAGCUGUCUAAACUCUGAGCCAGAGAAAGAGGCAUCGCCCCAUGUGCCACGGUACACCCCCUCACCAGCUUCCCCGGAAGAGCUGGAUUCCGACGUCUCGGAAGAUUCUGAUCAAGAGGUGGACAUUGAAGGUGACAAGAGUUAUUUCAAUGGUCCCCAUCCAUAGGGACCCUUUUUAAAAACAACGAACCUUCUCUCCGCUUGCACUUUAAGAGGAGUUGGAUUGACUAAAAAUGAUUUUACUUCAAAAAGGAAAAAAAAUCCUUCAGACUGAGAAGGAAAACUAACAUAUUUUGUAACUCUAAAGGGCAGUGUUUUUGUUUAGAUAAUCUAUUGAUAAAUGGGGGCAGAUCCUUUGGCUAAAGGAAGGAUCCUACUUCCAAACUGUGUUAUUUGUAUAGUGAUGGUUUUUACAUCCACUUGGGGAUAUAAAAUUACAUCCUCCUCCAGGAAUUGCUGGGUUUCAGUCCAAUGAUCCCCAGCCAGAAGGAGGAAAACAUGCUUGAUUUCAUAGGAAGGACUUCAUGUCUGGCUUGCAAACUUUUGCAAAGAUUUCCCAGAUGGAAAGGAAUGUAGAGUACUGAAACAAGGUUUUAUCUGUUGGUUGCGACAGCAGUUUUCAUUACAAGGGGGUGGGUGAAGAGCUGGUGUGGCAUACCGGAUAACAUGUCAGAAUGUACUGGGAAGACCCAGAUUUGUGACCCUUCUCAGCCAUGAAGAUCAUGUAGUGAUCUUGGGUCUGUCAUUCUUUCUCAACCUACCUCACAGGGUUAUUGUGAGGAUAACAUGGAGUAGGAAAAGCUAUCUAUACCGCUCCAAACUCCUUAGAGAAAGGGCAGGAUAGCCAGGAAUAGAUGUGUCCUCUCAAGUGCCUUCUGCUGUACCUUUUUUGCCUUCAAGGCCUGAUUCUAAGUGUGCAUUCUGGCUUAAGAAUGUAAGAAGAGAUCAAGGUCCACCUAGUCCAACGAUCUUUGCAAGAACUUCAGUAAACAACAUCCUUCUGCCCACCACCUCUGCCUCAUUGCUUAAAACAAAUCUAAGAAGAUCCCUGCUGGAUCAGAUGAUGGUCCAUCUGGACCAGAAUCCUGUUUCCCACAGUGAUCCACCAGAUGCCCCAGACACAAGAGUAUGGACUGAGACCUUUUCCUGCAAAGCAUGUGCUCUACCACUGAGCCAGACAUCUUCCCUCCAAUAUUCAGGCCAAGCUAUUGUCAAUUUCUUCUUCUUCUUCUUCUUCUUCUUCUUCUUCUUCUUCUUCUUCUUCUUCUUCUUCUUCUUCUUCUUCAGAUGUGUAAUAGUUAAAGGCUCUCUCUCUACAUGCCUAGAAGCCCUGCUUCUAAUAAUAAUAAUAAUAAUAACAUUCAAUUUAUAUACCACCCUUCAGGACAACUUAAUGCCCACUCAGAGCGGUUUACAAAGUGUUAUUAUUAUCCCCACAACAAAACACCCUGUGAGGUGGGUGGGGCUGAGAGAGCUCCUAGAAGCUGUGACUAGCCCAAAGUCACCCAGCUGGCUUCAAGUGGAGGAGUAAGGAAUCAAACCCGGUUCUCCAGAUUAGAGUCCCGCACUCUUCUUAACUACUACACCAAACUGGUGGCAGAGGCUAUACAAAACCAAGAGAGAGGUUGAGGAUAUAAAAAAUAGCCACAUACAAAUACAAGCUAUUCCAGAGGAGCAGCCACGGCAGCCUAUUGCAGAAAAAAUCAAUAGGCACCUGAAAUGCUUACACAGUUUGAUUCCAGCUAAGGUGUUUGUGAACUACAACCUGCUUCUUCAGACGCAAUGCAGUGACUCCUUAUAUAAGAGGUAUUGGAAGAACCAGCAAGGGCGAAUGCACUGUAAAAUGCAGGAAACAUGGAAUGAAAUGUAACCAUUCACUCAUUUUGCUAAUGCCUGUGCUGCGUGGGGGGUUCCAAGGCCCCUUGAUCCUGCCCCCCCAACCUCCUUUUUGCCAUGUGUGGAGCCACUGCAUUACAUCAGAGGAACUGGACUCUAGUCUACAGUAGCUUCAUUUGGAAUAAUAUUAUUUUCACAUAUGAAUCAGGCUCUUCCAUGUCAGAAUUCUGAAAUUCCCCUGGAGACAGACUGAAAAAAACUGAAGGACACCAUCACAACUGAGCAGAAAGGCAGGAGCCAUUGACCACCUCUGUCAGUGGUUUCUCUCCAAUUAUCUUCUUUUUCUUUUAGGAACUAAUUGUUUAAUCUCCAGGGACACUCAGGGCCUGAAGGGAAGAGGAGAGAAACUGGCACGAGGAGAAAAGUGUUUAGGGGCUCCUUUUCCCUGUGUGGUUGCCUAUGACACUUUCUAGGUUUCAUUGCUGGGGUUCUUUUUAGAAUCGUCGUUUUUAGGACUGCAGCAAAAGAAAGCAAUCCCACGCUUGGUCUAUUCAGUGGGACUUACUUUCAGGACAGAGUCCUUAGGCCUGCACUGUGUCUGUCCCCUCUGCCACCAGCUCAGUUGGCCAAGUUAUGACCUCUCAGCCUCCAGUCUGCAAUACUGGCUACCUUAUAGGAUUUUUAGGUCGAUUACUGAAAUUAUGUUUGGGAAGUGGUUUGAAUGUUUAAACUAUAAAUUAGCUACGUGGGCAGUUUCUCUCACCCCCUGAGCAUCAUACACAGCCUACAUCUGCUUAGGAAACGAAGGAUCUUCCCCCUCCAGUGGAUCUCCUGGGCCUUUAAACAGCUGCAUAGGCAGAGAGAAACCCUAGUUCUUUGCUCAUCACAUCUGCUUCUUAAGGGGGGGAUUAUCUGUUGAUGUUUUCCCUUUCGCUAGGUUAUUAAACAACACAGCUGUAUGGCUAUGGGAAUGGGCUAAUAGUCUGUCUCUAACUAGUCGCUGAAAUGACUUCGAAUUAAACCUAUUAAUUAUGGCCUGGUUUCUUACCUUGUACAAUAGGAUGGAUGCAUCCUUGCAGGCUCAUUACUUCUGUUUGUAUCAUGUAUAUAUUGUUUUUAUUGUUAAACGGUCUGGUAUUUAAUAUUAAUUUUGGAUAAAGCAGUUGUGAAAUAAAACUGAAUUUGAGCUCU